GAGAGUAUCAGUCUUCAACUUGUCAACAAUCGUUACAUUCGUCGCAAACACCAAGACAACAAAACAAACCAAUCAACAUGAAAUUCCAAGUAUCUUUCGUUGUGCUCGCCAUCGCCAUGUGCUUCGCUGCCGCCGCCGAAGAAGCAAAACCGUCUUCAGCUCAGCCAGCUGCCGCCGCCGCCGACCGAAGCAAACGAGGCCUGCUCGCAGCCCCGUUGGUCGCAUCCCCCUACGCUGCCGCCUACGCUGCGCCAUACGCAGCUCCAUACGCUGCUCCGUACGCUGCUCCGUAUGCUGCACCCUACGUUGCUGCACCCUACGCCGCCGCCCCUUACGCCGCCGCUCCGGUGGCCGUUGCUUCCCCUUACACUGCCUCUUACGUCUCUUCCUACGGCGCUUACCCUUACGUAGCCAAGACUUUCGCUUCUCCGUACGCAUACUACCCGUGAAAGGAGCAAUAGAAAAUUACCGGACCAUCUUAGUCUGCCCAAAAGAUUUGUACGAAAAACCGAUUUCUUCACCACCAAAAUCAAUAUAAUUCUAACUUUAAACUCUUUAUGUGUUGUAAAAAUAUACUUUCAAGCCGUGUAAUUAUAUAAAUAGACAGAUAUAUUUUAUCGUA